GAGCAUGGAGUGCGCCCUGGACGCCCAGAGCCUGAUCAGCAUCUCCCUGCGCAAGAUCCACAGCUCCCGGACCCAGCGCGGCGGCAUCAAGCUGCACAAGAACCUCCUGGUGUCCUACGUGCUCCGCAACGCGCGCCAGCUCUACCUGAGCGAGCGCUACGCCGAGCUCUACCGGCGCCAGCAGCAGCAACAGCAGCAACAGCAGCAGCCGCCCCACCACCAGCACCAGCACCUCGCGUACGCGGCGCCGGGCAUGCCGGCCAGCGCGGCCGACUUCGGCCCGCUCCAACUUGGCGGCGGCGGGGACGCGGAGGCGCGCGAACCGGCCGCACGGCAUCAGCUGCACCAGCUCCACCAGCUCCACCAGCUGCACCUCCAGCAGCAGCUGCACCAGCACCAGCACCCGGCGCCCAGGGGCUGCGCGGCGGCGGCCGGGGCGCCCGCGGGCGGCGCGGGGGCGCUCUCGGAGCUGCCCGGGUGCGCCGCGCUCCAGCCGCCGCACGGCGCGCCCCACCGCGGGCAGCCCUUGGAGCCGCUGCAGCCGGGUCCUGCGCCGCUGCCGCCGCCCGCGCCCGCCGCGCUCUGCCCGCGGGACCCUCGCGCCUCGGCAGCCUGCUCCGCGCCCUCCGCGCCCCCAGGGGCCGCCCCUCAGGCCGCUGCCGCCGCCUCCCCGCCCGCCUCCCCGGCCCCCGCCUCCUCUCCCGGCUUCUACCGGGGCGCGUACCCGGCCCCCUCGGACUUCGGCGUGCACUGCAGCAGCCAGACCACUGUGCUGGACCUGGACACUCACGUGGUGACCACGGUGGAGAACGGUUACUUGCACCAGGACUGCUGCGCCUCCGCCCACUGCCCCUGCUGUGGCCAGGGCGCCCCGGGACCUGGCCUGGCGUCCGCUGCCGGCUGCAAGCGCAAGUAUUACCCUGGCCAGGAGGAGGAGGACGACGACGACGACGAUGCAGGCGACCUGGGGGCCGAGCCCCCCGGGGGCGCCACGUUUGCCCCCUGCAAGCGCGCCCGCUUCGAGGACUUCUGCCCGGACUCGUCCCCGGACGCGUCCAACAUCUCAAACUUGAUCUCCAUCUUUGGCUCGGGCUUCUCGGGGCUGGUGAGCCGACAGCCGGACUCCUCCGAGCAGCCGCCGCCGCUCAACGGGCAGCUGUGCGCCAAGCAGGCGCUCGCCAGCCUCGGCGCCUGGACUCGAGCCAUUGUCGCCUUCUAGGGACCCCCGAGGGCACGGGGACCCGGGGACCCGCGGGGCUGGGGCCAGACAAAGACUCGGCCAAGGGGCGAGAGGAGGGAACGAACAGGCGCCCGGCCACUCGGGGCUGAGCUGGGGGCGAGCAGAAGGAAACGGCUGAUGUUUUAUAAAUUGUAAAAUAAAAAAAAAGAAAUCUAA